ACUUCCGGGUUCUAGCAUUCUGGUCGGAAUCCACCUCUCCGCCUGUGCAACACACACUUUACACACGCACGGGGACUGCAAGCGGGCAGCAUCGAUCGUGGCUCCUUUAAGACAAACUCAGACAGACAUUUUUUUUAACCCUCCUCCUCUAAUCUCCCUCCAGUGCAGCAGUUGCAAAGAGGGAGAGAGGGAGAAAGAGAAAGAGCAAGAGAGAGAAGAGAGAAACUGAUUGGGAAUUAGGACCGAUUCAAGGAAAGCGAGCGCUAGGGCUUUGUGCAUUUGAAUAUUAACAUUUGAGGUGUUCUGACCAGAAGAAGACAGAGCGGAUGAUCAUUCAUUCACCACGUUGACAACCUCGCCUGUGAUUGACAGCCGGAGUGGCAGAAAGCCAUGAGAUUUGGUAGUUGGGUCUGAGGGGCGCCUUAUUAUUUUUUUAAACUGAUUUUUGGGGAGAGAAGAUUUUUUCCUCUUCUUUCUUUCUUUCUUUUUUUCUAUCUUUCUUUCUUUCUUUCUUUCUGUCUUUCUUCUUCUUCUUUUUUUUUUUCUCUCCUCCCGCUGCUGUCUUGGAAACGGAGCGCUUUUAUGCUCAGUGACUCGGGGGCGCUUUGCUUCAGGUCCGGUAGACCGAAGAUCUGGGACCAUAGCUCACGUUGCAGGAGACUUUAAGAGAUUUUUCGUCGUGCUUUUAAAAAUAUUUUUUUCCGGGGGAGCUUGCAUAUUUGUUUCUGUUCACACUGGCCUUAAAGAGGAUAUAUUAGAAGUUGAAGUAGGAAGGGAGCCAGGGAGGCCGAUGGCGCAAAGGUACGACGAUCUGCCCCAUUACGGGGGCAUGGAUGGAGUAGGCAUCCCCUCCACAAUGUAUGGGGACCCGCACGCGGCCAGGUCCAUGCAGCCAGUCCACCACCUGAACCACGGGCCUCCUCUACACUCUCAUCAGUACCCGCACACAGCUCACACCAAUGCCAUGGCCCCCAGCAUGGGUUCCUCUGUCAAUGACGCUUUAAAGAGAGAUAAAGAUGCCAUUUAUGGACACCCCCUCUUCCCUCUCUUAGCACUGAUUUUUGAGAAAUGUGAAUUAGCUACUUGUACCCCCCGAGAACCAGGGGUUGCAGGCGGGGAUGUCUGCUCAUCAGAGUCAUUCAAUGAAGAUAUAGCUGUGUUCGCCAAACAGAUUCGCGCAGAAAAGCCUCUAUUUUCUUCUAAUCCAGAACUGGAUAACUUGAUGAUUCAAGCCAUACAAGUAUUAAGGUUUCAUCUGUUGGAAUUAGAGAAGGUACACGAAUUAUGUGACAAUUUCUGCCACCGGUAUAUUAGCUGUUUGAAAGGGAAAAUGCCUAUCGAUUUGGUGAUAGACGACAGAGAAGGAGGAUCAAAAUCAGACAGUGAAGAUAUAACAAGAUCAGCAAAUCUAACUGACCAGCCCUCCUGGAACAGAGAUCAUGAUGACACAGCAUCUACCCGUUCAGGAGGAACCCCAGGACCAUCCAGUGGCGGCCACACAUCACACAGUGGGGAUAACAGCAGUGAGCAAGGUGAUGGCUUGGACAACAGUGUAGCUUCCCCCAGCACAGGUGAUGAUGAUGAUCCAGAUAAGGACAAAAAGCGUCACAAAAAGCGUGGCAUCUUUCCCAAAGUAGCCACAAAUAUCAUGAGGGCGUGGCUGUUCCAGCAUCUAACACAUCCUUACCCUUCUGAAGAACAGAAAAAGCAGUUAGCACAAGACACAGGACUCACCAUCCUUCAAGUGAACAACUGGUUUAUUAAUGCCCGGCGAAGAAUAGUGCAGCCCAUGAUAGACCAGUCCAACCGAGCAGUAAGUCAAGGAACACCUUAUAAUCCUGAUGGACAGCCAAUGGGAGGUUUUGUAAUGGAUGGCCAGCAACACAUGGGAAUCAGGGCACCAGGACCUAUGAGUGGAAUGGGCAUGAAUAUGGGCAUGGAGGGGCAGUGGCACUACAUGUAACCUUCAUCUAGUUAACCAAUCGCAAAGCAAGGGGGAAGUAAGUACAAAUGGGGUCUUUGUUUUCACUUUGUCCUAGAAAUAUUUUUUCUUCUGCAUUUUCUUAUGUUCUCCUUGCCCAUAGCUUCAUGCUUGUUCAUUCCUUUCCAUUAAACUCCUGGUUCCUUGCUUCCUUCAUUUUCUUCUUGGAUGUGAUCAAGCUUUUAAGCUUAUAAAUACUGUGUAUGAUGUACAUUUAUCCAGUGUGUUGCUAUUAUACAGUACUGACCACAUGACAAAACAAGAAACAGUCAGGAGGUGGGGGAGUGGGUUGUCAUAGCAACAGACUGAUUUGCAAAAUGUAAGCAGUCUGCAGCAGUGCAAGGAGAGGAAAGAGCAUGUCCCCAAAGUGUCAUAAAUCUGUCUAACCGCAGUUGAUGCAUGAGUUACAUUUCUACACUAACCUGCAAGACACCGAAAAGCCAAACAGAGACUUCUUUUAGGUAAAAUAAACACUAGCUUUACUUAGGGUAAGUAAAGGCAUAUUUUGAGCUUCAGUCAACUAAACUUUGAUUUUUUUUUCUUAGUUUAUUCCUUUGUCUGUCCAUCAUAAUGGGAUUACGUGUGGCAAUGGAAAAAGGGAGAAUACAAAAUAGAGGUGUGCACAGCAGGCUGCAGGGCUUAGCCCAGGCUAAUUGACUAUAUCCAAAUUAAGUAUGCCAUCACUUGCAGUGUGACAAAUGGAUUUGACUUAUUCAGUAUACAAAAAUAGAGAUCAUUAAUGCAAUCUUCAGUGGCAGGCCUAGUGAAGUGGGCCUAGGAAAACUGUCCCAGAUUCUGGCUUUUGCAUUUCCUCUCCUAAAAAGACACUCCAGCAAUUCGUGUUCAAACAAGUAAAACUGUUUUGAACACCAAAGCUCUUGUUCAGUUUCUAAAUUACCCCUAAUAGCAUUGCUCUUGCUUUGUUUCGAAAUUAAAAGCAGUUAUAUCAGUCUUGGUUGUGUCUCUGAUUAUAUUAACACACUAUUUAAAAUCAUUGUUAAAGCCAAGGGUAAAUCAUACUAGUCUUCUCUGGGUGUGAGGCAAACAUAAGUUUAACAAUUAGCUCUUGAGAACAUUCCAUUGAGCUCAGAAAUGCAACAGUCUUAUUACCUCAUCAUGAAAUUCUCUAGCUUAGUUAAUUUAAAUAUUGUUUCUUAGUUUCUGGGUCAAUUAAAUUUAAAUGAUGUAUUUUAUGCUUCGUGACCAAUUAAAUUAAUAGG